AUGGUAGGGUGGGCGAUUGCACUUCACGGCGGCGGCGGAGAUAUUCAGUUAGAUUACCCGGACGAGCUACGUAUCCCUCGUGAGAUCGCCCUCCGUCACUGUCUCGAUGUCGGUGUUUCCGCCUUUAAAUCCGGCAAGCCGCCCUUGGACGUCGUCGAACUCGUUGUUCGUGAACUUGAGAACCAACCGGUGUUCAAUGCGGGUAAAGGAUCCGUCUUAACUGCGGAAUGUACUAUUGAAAUGGAAGCUUCCAUAAUGGAUGGGAAAACGAAAAGAUGUGGAGCUGUCUCGGGCUUGAACACUGUCGUUAAUCCCAUCUCUUUAGCUCGACUUGUCAUGGAGAAAACUCCUCAUGUAUAUCUUGCAUUUAAUGCAGCCGAAGCUUUUGCAAGAGCACAUGGCGUUGAGACGGUUGAAACAAGCCAUUUGAUAACUCCUGAAAACAUUCAAAGGCUAAAACAGGCCAAAGAAUUCAAUCGCGUCCAGUUGGAUUAUACAAGCCCUGGUCCGAAAGCACAAGGAUAUCAUGGCGAGAGCCAAACAGGAACGGUUGGAUGUGUAGCCGUGGACAGUGCUGGAAAUCUAGCUUCAGCUACAUCAACUGGCGGUUAUGUCAACAAAAUGGCUGGCAGAAUAGGAGAUUCACCAAUCAUUGGCGCAGGAACAUACGCUAACCACCUAUGUGCUGUCUCAGCCACAGGUCAAGGAGAAGAUAUAAUCCGUGGAACCGUGGCUAGAGACGUGGCUGCGCUCAUGGAGUAUAAAGGCUUGUCUCUGACGGAGGCAGCGGCUUAUGUCAUUGACCAAUCCGUACCGAAAGGAAGUUGUGGAUUCAUUGCAGUCUCGGCCAAUGGGGAAGUAACAAUGCCGUUUAACACUAAUGGAAUGUUCAGAGCUUGUGCCACUGAAGAUGGUUACACCGAAAUUGGAAUCUGGCCAAAGAACCAAAACCAUUAA